AAAUCCCGCCCCAGAAGCAGCGCCGCCGUAGUUAUGGCGGCGCCCGGGCGGCGGUGGCCGGUGCGGCUGCUCCUUGCGCUGCGGCCGCUGCCCGUGCACCGGUCCUGGCACGCCGCGGCCCCGUCGCGGGACGUGCUGCUCUUCGAGCACGAACGGGGCCGCUUCUUCGCGGUCCUCGGGCUGUUCUGCGCGGGCCAGGGCGUCUUCUGGGCCUCCCUGGCCGUGGCAGCUUUGGCCCGACCCCCGGCCCGGGCGCUGUCUCCAGACGCGGAGUUCCCGGACCGCGGCCGCUCGGACCUGCGCUCCACGCUCUGGCGCUACGGCCUGGCGCUCGGCUGCGGCGCCAUCGGUACCCUGGUACUUGGUGCCGGUCUCCUCUUCUCCCUCCGUUCUGUGCGUUCAGUGAUGCUAUUGGCUGGAGGAAAGCAGGUGACCCUCACCACUCACGCUCCCUUUGGCUUGGGUGCCCAUUUCACCGUUCCUUUGAACCACGUAUCCUGCAUGGCCCACCGUGGUGAAGUCCCUGCCAUGUUGCCUCUGAAGAUCAAAGGCCGGCGCUUCUACUUCCUCUUGGACAAAGCUGGACACUUCCCCAACACGAAACUCUUUGACAACACUGUGGGUGCCUACCGCAGCUUGUGAAGAGACCACCGCGGAUGGCUCAGCCCUCCCAGAGGGGAAUAAAAACCGGACCUCGGGGAUGGGGGGUCACCCAAGGGGGCCCAGGGUGCAUUAACAGCAAAUAAAAGAGCAGUCCAUGUC